GGAAGGCAGUAACCAGUACAUACCCAGUCGGGGUACCACCACGUCAGCACUGACUGUACCUUAUUAAUAGAAAGAAACGCGAAGCGAAGAACAUGUCGAGGAAGGAGAAUAGAGGGUAAGAGCCGGGAAAAGGAGGGAAGUAAUCCGUACAUACCCAGUCGGUGUGUGUAUUUUGUCACCACUGAUCGGUACCUUGGGCAAUCGAAGAAACGAGGGAGGGAGGAAGGGGCAUGUAGCUGGGGGAGAAUAGAGAGUAACGGACCGACAAAGGAGAGAGGGAGAAGAGGGAGAGAGAAGAGGGGAAAGCGAGGGCGAAAGAGGGUGAAGGGAGGGAGACAGAGGGGGAAGGGGGAAGGGAGGAGGUAAUUAGUACAUACCCAGUCGGUGUACCUGGUCACCACUGCGACCAUGAAGCUGCCUACGUGUUCCGUUUGUCAGAUGACGUACAAUGAAGACGAUCGCGCUCCGAUGAUGCUGACCUGCGGACACAGUUUUUGCAAAGAGUGUUUAGCACAUCUCUUCGCGGAAUCGAGCGAUCAUACGCUGCCAUGUCCUCGAUGUCGUCAGAUCUCGAAGGUGGGGAACAGUGUGGAAGCGCUAAGGAAGAACUUUGGGAUGUUGUCGUUGAUACGGCAGAGGGCGUCGGGAGGGUGUGGGCUGGAAGAGGAGGAAUCGGAUAGUGAAGAGGAACUGAUGAUGAUGGAAGCGAUGGGGAGCGGUGGAGGAGGUGGGAGAGGAUAUACGAGCAGCAGCAGCGGGAGCAGGUUCCCUUCGUCGAUCGGCGGAAGCGGGGGAACUGGGGCCGGGAUGGUAGGGGGAGGGGGGGUAUCGCGGGGGACGACACCGUUGCUACAAAGUCCGGCCUGGUCUCCGGUGUGCAAUGGAAGCUUCUUGGAAGUAUCGGCGCAUAAUCUGCGUUUCAUCAAAAUGAUCGGCUCCUCUGCUUCGCGUCCGGGACAGGAAGUGUGGGUGGCUUUGCUGACGGGAAAUGGGGGCUGCAGGCACAAGGUGGCGGUGAAGAAAAUGGAUAUGCCAGCAGGAGUGAACAUUGAAUGGAUCACUCAGAGGGUGGACAAUCUGAGAAGAGCGACGAUGUGGUGUCAGAAUGUGUGCACGUUGUACGGGGUUUGCGAGAAGGACGGCAAAUUGUGCAUAGUCAUGGAAAAACACGUGGCGUCCGUACAGAUGGUAAUGCGAAUGGGAGAAGGAAGACUGACCGUUGAGCAAAUCCUCAGGUACGGGGCGGACAUUGCAAGGGGAGUUGCAGAGUUGCAUGCAGCAGGAGUGAUGUGCAUGAACCUGAAGCCUCCAAAUUUCCUUAUUGAUAAGCGGGGCAGGGCUUUGGUCGCUGAUUUUGCUCUUCCUGGUAUCCUGAAGCAACGAUGCUGGAGGUCUAAGCAUGGGAGCAGCAUCAGUGGCACGAGUGUUGGGCUGGUAGUUGAUAGCCACAACUGCCACGAGUGCACAUUGAUGACACCAAAUUAUAUGGCUCCGGAAGCUUGGCAGCCAGUCAGGAGAGGAUCAUUCCUUCGAGGGGACGAUGUUAUGGGAAUGUCAUCGUGGUCUGAUGCAUGGGCAUUUGGCUGCGCACUCGUUGAAAUGUGCACAGGAGUGAUGCCCUGGGAUUCUGCAAGUCCGGUGGACAUUGAAAGGCUGGUUGUCAAAGGCAAGCGUCAGCCCCCGGAGUAUUUCAGUCUGACAGGUGGAGGAAUUCCGCGUGAGCUGCGCAAGCUGAUUGGAGACUGCCUUAACUAUAAACCGACAAAGCGCCCGACAUUUCAUGCUAUGCUAUCAACCUUCUUGACACUUCUGAAAGAAAUACCCAUCAGUGUACCUGCCAGCCCAGACAAUGAUCAACUACCUCUCCAGAAGGAGCCGGACUUGGGAUCAAGCUUGGAGCCUUCGCCAAAUUCGACCUUGGAUUUCGUGCAAGGUGUGGAGGUUGUAUUACAUCGGUUAGUCUCCGAAGGGGAUGUCUCAGGAGUCAGGGACUUGCUCAAUAGAGCAGCUGCAGGAAAGGCAGGCGUGAGUGUGGCUGCACUCUUGGAGAGCCGUAAUGUAGAGGGCCAGACUGUCCUACACACUGCGGCAAUGCGCGGAUUUACUGAGAUUGUGGAGUUGAUCUUGGAGCACCCAGAAGCAGAUGUGGAGGCUCAAGAUAAGGAUGGAGACACUCCCAUUUUCUUUGCUGUGGCAUCGGGUAUGGUUGAGUGCUUACAAGCUCUUGCUAAGAAAGGGGCAGACGUAAAUGCACGGCUCAAGGAUGGACUUGGCCCGACCGUUGCUGUUGUAUGCGCAUUCCAUGGGCAUCCGGACUGUAUGCGGGAACUUCUGUUAGAAGGGGCCGAUCCAAAUACUGUGGAUGAUGAAGGUGCAACCGUCUUGCACAGAGCAGUGGCAAAGGGACACACGGAGUGUGCCGUCGUCGUACUUGAGAAUGGCGGUUGCAGGUCCAUGGCUAUUCCAAAUGCGAAGGGCAUGACGCCCUUACAUUUGUGCGCGUCAACUGGAGAAGUAGCUGUGGUCAGAAGAUGGUUGGAACUAGCAACAGCAGAAGAAAUUCAGGCUGCCAUUGAAGUAAGAUCUAUGGCCACACUGCUUCGCAUGGCAGCAACUCUAAAGAAAGGGCUCGAGAAAGAGGCACGAGAGCUUGUGUCCUUGCUAUUAACUGCAGGUGCUGAUCCCACGGUCGUAGAUAGUCAAAGGGGUCAGACCGCUCUGCAUGCUGCUGCAAUAGCAGGCGAUAGAGAGAUGGUGGAAAUCAUACUGGAUGCAGGUGUCGAUGUGGAUAUCCGGGAUGUGCACUUUUGCACUCCACUGCACGAUGCUCUUUCUCGAGGCAGGAAAGAUGUGGUUGGACUGUUGCUGGAGAGAGGGGCUGACUGCAAUGCGAAGGAUGAUGAUGGUAAUACAACAUUACACAUUGCUGCGGAAAUGGCGGUGGUUCAGGAGAACCUAUAUUGGCUUGGGGUCAUGCUCCAGAGAGAGGAUGCGGAUGUUGACUGCAAAAAUCAUAGUGGUCAAACGGUCAAGGAUCUCCUUGAAGGCUUACCUAGGGAAUGGAUCUCAGAGGAUUUGGAACAAAUCCUGAUGUCCCGGGGAAUUGUGCUUGCACCAACCAUAUUUGACCCUGGUGACUGGGUGACGUUUAGGCGUUUUGUAGAUGAAUCCCUUUAUGACUGGGGUGAAGUGAUGCCCAGGUCAGUGGGCCUGGUUCUGAGUGUUGACAAGGAGGCCUCUGAGCUCAUUGUGACGUUCUGUGGGCAUGAGAUGCAAGUGUCGCCCAAGGAUGUGCGGAAGAUUGUGCCAUUUGAGAGAGGACAGCAUGUCAGAGUGAAGGCUGAAGUCAAACAGCCCAGGUAUGGAUGGAGGUGUCAAACGCAUGAGAGUAUCGGGACGAUAUUGUGCAUUGAUGAGGAUGGCGUGCUGAGGGUGGGAUUUGCGGGAGCUGCCAGAGGGUGGAAGGCGGACCCUGCAGACAUGGAAAGAGCAGACGAGUACAAGGUUGGUGAUUGGGUGAAAGUGAAGCCAACUCUAACAAGCGCGAAGCAUGGCCUCGGGACAGUAACAGCCGGAAGCAUAGGAGUGGUCUACAGCAUUCGUCCUGACCAUAGCCUUCUUUUGGAUCUGUGCUAUCUUGCGGGCCCGUGGCUCUGCGAACCAGAAGAGGUUGAUCCUGUGGAGCCCUUCAAGCCUGGAGAACGUGUUUGUGUGAAACGUACAGUGGCAGAGCCUCGGUAUGCGUGGGGCGGGGAAACACACCACAGCGUGGGGAAGAUUAGCGAGGUCAGCAGUGAUGGGCUUCUUAUGAUUGACAUUCCUGGCCGUCCGAUCUUUUGGCAAGCAGAUCCUGCAGACAUGGAGAGAGUGGAGGAUUUCAAGGUGGGUGACUGGGUGAGAGUGAAAGCGACUGUGUCAUCUCCGAAGUAUGGCUGGGAGGAUGUAAAACGCACGUGUAUUGGUGUGGUGCACUGCAUAGAUGAAGAUGGGGACAUAGGUGUCGGACUCUGCUUCCGUAUGAGGCCGUUCCCUUGCUCUGCCACAGAUUUGGAGAAGGUUGUCCCUUUUGAAGUGGGUCAGGAGGUUCGGAUCGCUCCAUCAGUGGUGGAGCCGCGUCUUACAUGGCAGGGUGAGACGGCAGCCACAUCGGGCAGAAUCGCCCGCAUUGACAUGGAUGGAACGCUGAAUGUCCGCGUUGCGGGAAGAUCGGCGUUCUGGCGAGUGGCACCCGGAGACGCAGAGAAGCUGUGUGGUUUCGAGGUUGGUGACUGGGUGAGGGCAAAGAUUGGAGCAAGAGAAAGACGAAGUUUGGAAUGGCAAGGAGCUUCGCGUGAAAGUGUAGCAGUGGUCCACUCAGUGUCGGACACUGGGUAUCUCGAGGUGGCGGGCUGUUUCAGAUCAGGACGCUGGAUGGUGCAUGCUGCAGAGGUAGAGAAGGUUUUGUCGUUGCAGGUAGGGCAGCACGUUCGGGUUCGGAGGAAUGUAACAGAACCACGCUGGGGUUGGCGGGGGGCGUCCCACAACAGCCGGGGUGUUGUGGUUGGCGUGCAUGCAGAUGGAGAAGUCCGGGUUGCCUUCCCUGGGCUUGCAAGUCCGUGGCGAAGUGAUCCUGCUGAUCUUGAAAGAGAGACGAUGUUUGAGGUGGGUACUUGGGUGCGUAUCCGUGAAGAUCUGGUUGAGCCCAGGCAUGGAUGGAAUGGUGUGCGGCCUGGAAGCGUUGGAGUUGUUCAGGGUGUCGUGUACGAGAACGACUGCUCAGGGGCAGGAUCCUCAAGGGAAGUGAACCAGGAGAAUGCUGGUCUGCCGUCUGCCGCAGGAGCGGGCUGUGGUCCAGCAAUGCUUGUAGCAUUUUGUGGACGACAAGAGCGAUGGAUAGGCUUGCCCGAAGAGAUGGAGAGAGUUGUGCCAUUCCGAGUCGGGCAGACUGUGAGAGUGAAACCGGAUGUCCAGCACUUGAGGUUCGGGAUGGGCGGACAUCGACGGGGAACAGUUGGGACAAUCACAGGCAUUGAUGCAGAUGGCCGCUUACGGUUGCACUCUCCAGUGGGAUCCACGCAGAAAGCAUGGAUGCUUGACCCUGCAGAAGCAGAGACGGUCGAGCCUCCUUCUCUUCAGGUGGGGGAUUGGGUUUCGGUUUGCCCUUCGGUGCCCACACCAGUUCAUCAAUGGGGAGAAGUGACUCAUAAGAGCAUUGGGGUUAUUCAUCGCAUUGAUGAUGAUGGAGAUUUGUGGGUGGCCUUCGCUUUCCUCGAGCGGCUGUGGGUUUGCAAACCCGAAGAGAUGAUCAAGGUAGAACCGUUUCGCAUCGGCCAGCAUGUGCGAGUGAAACGGUCUGUGGUGACACCACGGUGGGGUUGGGGGAUCGAGACUUACGCAAGCCGUGGUGUAAUUGCUGGUGUAGAUGCAGACGCGAAACUGAGGGUGAGAUUUGCCCGAAGAGAAGGCAGGCUCUGGGUGGGGGACCCAGCAGAUAUUGAACUUGAUCCUGACCUGGAACCUUCAGCAGACAGCAGACCAGAAAUGAGUCCACUAAAUUUCAACCGACGGUUCUCUCUCUAAGUUUUGGAUUGUUCGUUUUUAUUGAUUCUUGAAAGCCAGAGCCCCUUUCCUUCCCAGGCAAUGAUGUAUAUCCAGGGUUUCAUGCUUGCCUUGCUCACCUGCAGUACCUCUGCUGCUGCAGCUGCCAAUAUGCUGCACAACGGGACACUGCCACAGACUGAAAAGGGGAGAUGUGUGUGUGUGUGUGUGUGUGUGUGUGUGUGUGUGUGUGUGUGUGUGUGAGAGAGAGAGAGAAAGAGAGAGAGAGAGAGAGAGAGAGAGAGAGAGAGAGAGAGAGAGAGNGUGUGUGUGUGUGUGUGUGAGAGAGAGAGAGAAAGAGAGAGAGAGAGAGAGAGAGAGAGAGAGAGAGAGAGAGAGAGAGAGAGAGAGAGAGAGAGGAGUGCAAACUUCGUCAUCAGUUUGGAAGACGGUGCCAGAUAGGUUGGGUAGAAAAUCUGAGGGAGGUUGCGACAGCUUGCGGAGCAUUUCUCUUUGCCUUGCCAAGGCAUGCACGAAACAAUUUCGCUUGUCGGACAAAGGAUCUGUAGGUAUGUAUAGUCGAUCAAUCCCUGAGCAGGCAUCUCUGCUUAUGCUUGAUUUGUUUCUGCCUUCUGGCCCAUUGAUUCCGGGAUCAUUGGUUGGAGGUUUCAAGCUUCAUUUGAGUUUGAAAUUCGAACUUUGAAGCCACAGCUCAUGUCUGUGGAACGAUAGAGGGCAUCAGGCGUUAGCAACCAACUGGAUGAGAUGUGAGUGGUUGAGGCUGAAGUUUUAAUCCAUUUAGGUAAGGAGACUUAUUGUGGCUGGCAGUUCGAUUCGCAGUCAGGCACUGAGAGAUUAAUGGAGUCUGUAGCAGUGACACUGCAAUCGGGAUCGCCGGUUCGCCGUAGUGUUAGUUAGGAUAGGAAACCCACGUUCCGGUUGAGUGACGCGAUGAAACUGCUUGUCGAUGAGGGACUGUGAGUACAUGUAAACAAGGAGAUUUGUAAAAAGGAGCACAUUGUAGGUAGGUGAAAAGGGGAUUAAUUAGUCAAAGCGGGAACUGACAGCGGGCGACUUCAGCGAUAAUGCAACUAGGGGUAUGGAUUGUAUAACUAGGAUGUGGUGAAGAAUGGGAGGUCAAAAUUGGACACAAACGGUGAAGGAACUUGGAAGUUAAAUGCAGAGGCAUAACUGCUGGUUGCGGUGCUGAAGAACGCACGACUCCGCAGAUGGUUGGCGAGCAUGUCGCAUUUCUCUGAGGCUGUAGGGACAGUCAUCAUGCACUGCAGGAACCAAACGGUGGAUAAAAUAUGAAGCUUCAGUAGCGAUAUCAGGUAUCUUCCUCUCUCCCUGCGAUGGAGUCUACGACUAGCAAGUGUACAGGUGAUGCGUGAAGUCUGACAACACACAGAGAUGUGACAUUGGAGAAUGGAGAUAUGGUGCUAGAUAUGGCCAUCGAGAGUAAGUUGACGCUGCAUGUGUUUUUCUACUGUCUUGCCUAGAAGCAGUGAAAGGACCCAUCUGAUGCAUAGUAAAUGGCUACUAAUUGAUGCACAUGCAAUCGUCAGGGAUACCCUGGGAGGGGGAAUGCAAGGAGAGAAAGGAGUUGUGGGAGGGGAAGGGAAGGAUGUCUAUAGAAGGGAGGAAUGAAGAUAGAAGUCAUGAUUAAGGAGCACUGCAGGGGGUGGGCAUGUGUAAACUUUGAGGGAGGAAGAUCCUGGUUGUCUUUGGUGAUUGGUUCACUUCUGCUACGCAUUUGGGGAACGGAUGGUGGGUCUCAGAAUCAAUUUUCAAGCCGAAAGGACAGGCAUGGAAAGGUCUACUCUCCUGUCAAUAUGUAUACAGUAACCUCGUGUUCUUCUUGUUUUAUAGCACGGGAUGGGACCACCGCGCCUAGAGGUAGACGCAGUGGAGAAAGUCGCAGAUGAUUUUUUUAUGAAGGAAGCUCCGGAAGGCCAUUCUAACAGUAUACGUAUAUACAUAUAUAUAAACUGUUCACCAUAGGGGGGUGAUGGUUUGAAAAGUUUCAGGAGGAACAACGCUGAUCGGCUUUCGGACUUCCCACUGUCAACACAUUUACGUUAUCUUCAGGGCGCCACUGCUGGUAAGGUCAUGGGCUCUGCAGCACCGAUCGAAGGUACUCACGACACGGGAGGAAUGGGUCGAUUGAUCAACAGUGGUGAGUUCUGACCGUGCCCUGUGCAGCAUCCAUCCUGCCGAGGAGUUGGUGGUAAUGGACUGCCGGCCCAAGAGGAUGUAAGUGGUUACGGAGUGACAAGAUGUGCAAGAGGAGCUUCACUUACGUUUGCCAAUGGUGCUAGCAGGUCUGCUUCAUCUGCCAAGUGAGAACCUGAGAGUGGAAGGAAAAAGGUACAUGCAAUGAGCAGCGCUGCAGGUACGCGUAGCUUAACUCAGAAGUUUGAACCUCUAAUGUCUGAAGAAAAGUUUUAAACCUGUAACCUGGCAAGAAUGUGGCCCCAACCUGGACCAGGUCUGUUUCAGCUCUGCAGUUUGCACACCAACUGCGUUGAGACUUAUCUCCAACUUGGAGCCAGGUUCAAACCUGCAUCAUUCACUACCUGACGCGAUCGGUGUGCUGUCAUUGUAGAAGUGUUGACUUACAGAAGAGCAAGUGGAGUGCUUCAGGCUGAAGCCUGCGGUGGAAUUAAGGGAUGGAGUAGGUCGACGAUUCCGCAUCUCACACCCAUAUUUGCUUCUCGGUUGCGGUGCUGCUACCCCCCCCGCCCUCCCCCCCUUCCCCCCCCGCAGGAGAUCAGCGCGUCAUUCUUCUUGACGAGGGUGGUGAUGGGUGAUGGGUAAUUGUAUCGACCAAUAUAAGUGUAUGACUUGGAGGGGUAGUUUCUCCGCAAGAUUGGUACUUUGACAGUUUGAUGGUUUGACCAUAUGGGGAGAUGGGGCGAACUUUUCUCAGUUGAAAAGAGGGAAGAAUGACAACAUCAAUUAGAACAGAUUUCUGCACUGGAGGAAAAGCCUCGCCUUUACAAGAGGAGCUUGCAGCCAGGGCAGGAACAAGUAUUGUACUGCAACUGAAGAUGCUGAAGGUAGGUGCACUUGUAGAGGUUCCACUUUGGAACCGAGGUUCCGAGUUGGGAACCUGGUAUGGUCUAUUCUGUAAUGGGAAGGGAUUGUACCUGCCGUUCAGCACUGGCAAUGAAUAGCACUUGCAUUC